AUGUCAGCAAUUUCCAUUGCUAAACCGCAUUGUAGACCUGUGGAGGGAUACCCUGUGAAAUACAAGCCCAAACCAAAAGGGAUUAGAAUGCAAUAUCAGGAACCACUAGGUUAUUCCUAUAUGUCUAUGGAGAGAAGGCUUCUCAAAUGGAGACGACCAGGGAAAAGGUUUGAGAGACUUACUGGGAUCCACCCUGCAGAUAGAAACAUACUGUUCCGCGGCAUUUGGCACAGGAUGGCUUGCAGUGGAUUUUCAUCAUUUGUGCUUGUAGGAAGUUAUUUUCUGGCAAUUGAUCACCUGGUUUCGAGAUGA